AUGGUGGUUGGCGACGACCGCCAACCUCAAGUAAGUAUUGACGGUCAUGACAUAAAUGUGCCUAUGGGUUAUUAAGGAUCUGGGUGUACCAUAUUUCAAGAGUUGUAAUCAUUUGGAACAUUGCGUCCUGAUAGUCUCCAAAGCACGUAGAACGACCGGCUUUAUUCCCCAAAACUUUAAAAUUAACGACGUUAGAAUGCGCCUUUAUAACAUGUACGUUAGACCUGGCCUGGAAUACUGUUCGUUUUUAUUUAGCCUCAUGCGUGCUGCUGAGCGGAAGAAAAUAGAAUCCGUUCAACAUUUAUUUACCAAGAGAGUCUUAUCCUUGGAACAUCGACAUUGUCUUACCAAGAAAGUUGCCGGCUGACAGGCCUUGAUCCUUUAUGGUUUCGUAGAUUACAAAACGGACUGGUUUUGCUAUUUAUGUUUUUAUAUAAUCGCACCUUUAACCCACUCACUACCUUACGACAUCAUGCUUAACCCCGAUGUAACAGUCACCGUGAGGUCUUUUUAUUUCUUCUUCUGGCGCGUUCUGUUAAAUAUCGUCGGUUCUUUUCUGUAAAUGCAAUUGCUAUUUGGAAUAAACUACCCAGGAGUGUGAAAACUCUGCAAAAUUUUCCUUUAUGUAAGAGAACUAUUAUUCGAUUUUUGCAUUCAGAUAAACUCCCACACAUUUUGGGUGCUGAAUCCACUGAUCGACCAUACCGUAGCGACGGCGUUUAUGGCCUCUGAUCUCUAUAGGCAGUCUCACCAGGGACAAUUUCUUUAGCCAACAGCGACAGCUGUUCUUUGAUGCUUCUACUCGAACCAGCCACAACUUCGUGAAGAGAAUUGGCGACUGACACUAUCCGAUACAGUGCUACCCCUCCCUUUCUUUUCUAUCGGCAUUUUAUGGGCAGCAGUUUUUUCUUCUCCUGAACCCUCCAAACCAUAAAAACCAUCAUCAACUAUAUUUUUAUCCCUUUUCCGCCGGAGUUUUUUUCACUGAUGGCCAGAUUCGUGUUUAACGCUUUCCCGACAAUGCCUGUAAACUGGCAAUGAAUAAAAUUAUUACUAUUAUUAUUCUUAUUAUUUUUAUUAGUACUGAACUAUGUCUCCAAAUAGAUGAAUCAUUUUGAGGCCGCAAAAUUUUGACCGAAAUUUCAAAUCGCGCGUCUGGUCGAAAUGACUCAUUUCCGUUCACUUCGGGCAUCUUUGGUAACUGUCUUGGUGCACAACCCACCGUUGCAUGUCCGGGUAUGCUGUAUCAACUUACAGUGUCAAAUAUCAAAUUUCACCUUAAGAACCGACUAAGAUAAUCUCAAGGAAGUCACAGGAACUCUCACAAAUAUGGAAUAUAUCACGCGGUGAAGAUCUUUAUUUUCGGCAAAUAUUUGGACAAAAUCCUGUGCUAAAUUACAAGAGCCACGGAAGGACAACCUGAAGGAAUUUACGAGAGGAGUUCGCUACUAAAUUCAAGAAGUGGUAUUUGUGCUAACUCAGAUAGCAAGGUUGACCUGGCACAAUUUUUUGCGAUUUCGAAGUUCCAUUAACAGACCAGGACAUCAAAUAUCCAGGCAGGUAUUUUGAUCAAAAACGCAAUGUUUUCACAAGGGGUGUUCCUGGGUUCAUUUUGCUGAUUGCAAAUGAAAAAACUGAAAAUAUUCGAAUGUUGUACUUCAAGAUGGGGAGGGUGCCAGUUUGUAUAAAGCUCCCUAACUACGAAUAGCAGAUGCGUAGAAAGGACUGGCAUGACCAUGACUUCUUAUAGUCAUUCUUGAAAAUCACGCCCAAGCUUUGCACUUCCUUGAAACGAUAGUGCUCUGGGAAAUUCAAACAAGGAGGUGUAUUUUUCGCCGCAUUACGCGCCGAUGGAAAUGCGAAAAAUGGGGAAGUUCUGCGUAGAACUGAAGAGAAAGGCAGAACAAGGAGAAAGGGAGUAAAAAUAUAGGGGCGAAAGAUGUCGCAGAUUGGGCCAUCGUUUCCAAAGCAAACUCCUUUUAAAAUUCGGGUGGCCGCCACUCAUAAGACUGCCAUUGUAAUUAGUGCGCUCGAACUUAGGAAUUUUUUUAGUAACACGAAUUAACUGAUGACUAAAUCGAUUAGCGCACAUCCCAUGUUGUUGAGUUGACAGAAUGUGGGUUUUCUGAAGCUAUUGCAGAGGUUUAUCAAAGGCAAUGAACACUUCAAAAGAGACUCUAAGGCCGAAAGGGAAGACGUAACUAAAAUUCGACCCCGGAUUCCAGGCAGCAUUCUGCAACAUCGGAAAUUGAAACUUUAUCCCUAUAUAUCUCCACCAAUUUCUCCGAAACGCUAACAAAUGCGAUUGCAUACCGUCUCCAAACCAGAUUUUCGGAUUCAUAACUCUUCUCUUAAAGAAACUGAGAAAAACUCGUUUGAACAAGGAUGAACUUAAGCAGAAUGCUAUUACCGACAAAGAUAAGGGGGAGGGGAAUAUCCACUUCCGGCUUAUUAGCCGUCGUCAACCAGUCAUACCCAACCCCGAAGUGUAGAGCACGUGAAGCUCGAUAUAGCGACCCGUUAGUUAGAAGUCCAACGCCUCUAACCGCUGAACCACGGGCUCGUCCUGUUGGUUGCGAUCGAAAAUAUACAAUGAUAGAGGGACACUCACCGAUCGUUUCUACGAAACUCACUCGUUCCGUUGUGCCUUACGGGCUCUCUCUCUCUCUCGCUCGAGCCCAACCAGCGGCAGCACAGAGGCGGAUGAUUUGAGCAGAAUGGCACUUCCGACAAAGCAGACUGGAGUGGCCAUUUCCGGCUCAUUAGCCGCCGUCGACUGACAGGUCGCGGGACCCAGUCCACGGCAUUCAACACUUCGGGGUUGGGUAUGAUUGACUGACGACGGCUAAUAAGCCAGGACUGGCCACUCCAGUCUCCCUUGUCUUUGUCGGCAAUACCGUUCUACCAACAUCAUGCGCCGUCGUGCGGCUGCUGGUUGGCCUCGAGCGAGAACCCGUAAAGCACAACGGGACCCGUGAGUCCCGUAUAAACGGUCAGUGAGCGCUCCUCCACCAACGAUGAAGUUACAGAUGGAGACUAUAACGCCCUUUAUAUCGACUGGCAAGUUAGGCUGUCACCUUCGAAUGAGUGGGUAAGUGCUACACUAAGUCCUUACAUAGAUUGCUGCCCAUAGAUUGAGUUUUAAAAGGCUAACGGCUAGGUGAGUGGUGUGGCCUUGACAUCUGCAUAGUUUAUGGUACUGCAUUCAAUUGGCGAAGUAAGUUCUGUCUACGCGCAUGUGUCUUACUCUCUUUCAUCUGGUAGGUUUCCUAAUUUUUCGGCCUUCUAACCCCCUUGCUUUCCGCGUGUUUUUUUCCAGGCCCUCACCUAACAUGAAGUUAGCUAUUGUAAGUCCAUUUUUUGUUAAUGUGCAGCUUAAACAGCAGUGGAGCAAAAUAAAGCAAUUUUAACUUAGGCAAUAAUAGAUGCAUUCCUGAACUACAUUUGCUUUAAAUAAUCCAAUUUGGCUGUCGCCACUACUUCUCACCAUGACUUUGUAUACAAUAACACCAUCUGACUGUAAAACGGCAUCGAAAAACUUUGGAUCGCAUAUACACCUCUUCAGAAAAUUAUAUUUUAAUCCCAGAAAGCAAAUGCAGAGCUGUUUCUAUUUGCCUCUGAGUCAAGUGGCUGUGACAGUAGACUGUGUCCUCAAUUGCUAAGAUCAGGAAUUUUCUGGGUGCUUGAAGGCAUGCCUUUCUAUGCCUUUCUUUGGCCUUUCUUCAUUUUAUUCCUCAAUUUCAAUUAAUCGACUGCAAACGCUAACGGUAGGACAACACAAGCUUAUAGGAUUAUUCCUAUUAUUAUGUAAAGUGUAACACAUCCGAUUUGGUCAUCGAAACCCACAACAACGGUCUUCAUGGAAUUAAUCAUUGUUACUCUAGAAGAUGUCUAAUUAACCAAACCCAUAAGUCAGUGAAAAUGGUUAUACGGUCUCUGUGUGUUUCCCGUCGACGAUAUGGAUUCUCACAUACGUAUAAGCAAGUUUGUUGAUAUACUCUGCUUAUAAGUAGCUGUUCCGUCACAAGUGCGUGACCUUAUAUCCCUAGCCAAUCGCAUGUUACUUGCGGCCAUGCAUAAAGAUAAUAAAUAAUUUUCGUGAUUCAUCAGAGAUGUAUGCAGUCGGCUGUGUCUGACUGCCAUGGAAACUCAGUUCCACCCUUGCAGACCCUUUGCCUCCAUGAAUAAGGAAAUGCAGCUUUUCCCGUAAACUAAAUUAUGAAGUUAUAGGGGUUGUUAUUUUGAUGCAGGAAUGUCAUUUCAAGUAUUUAUGAGUCAGAGUUGUUUAUGCCGUUUGUUUAAGGUUACUUCCUCUUUUUAGGUUACUGGAGCAAACAAAGGCAUCGGUCAUGGAAUCGUCGAGCGUCUCGUAAAGUGUCUGACUCCAUCAUCAGACUGGCAUGUCUAUCUUACUGGUGAGACACCAGACCCCGGUCUGCUUUAUAAAAUCUGUUCACUUAGCUCGUAAUGUGUCGUUGGGUCAAGCAGCGGCUGAGGAGUUCAACAAAGAGGGCUUACCUGUAAAGUUCCAUCAGCUCGACAUCACAGACAAGGAGAGCCGCGACAAGUUUGCAGAUUACAUCAAAUCAACUUACCCCGACGGCAUCAACAUCCUCGUCAACAAUGCAGGCAUCGCCUUUAGUGUUGGUUUUCUCGAAACAGGGAUGUAAAAUACGCGCUUUUUUCUUUCAGAGUGAUUUGUAUGCCCACUCCGGCGAGCAGUCUCGAGUAAUUUUUGCCACGAAUUACUUUGCCACUGUGGAAAUGUGUGACACAUAUUUGCCGUUGAUGGCCAGAAACUCACGGUAAUUGCUUUUGGUUUCGUGAAAUUCUGGUAUUUUCGUUUAGUCUGGUCAAUGUUUCUAGUAUGCUGUCGGUGACGGCACUCAAGCAACUAGGUGCGGAGCUUUACGAGAAGUUCGUGAGUCCAAUGACCAUGGAGCAGCUCAAUGAUCUCAUGCAUGACUUUAUAAAGUAAGCUGAUGCGAGUCACUGCUCGACACUUGGCGUCUAUUUGUAUUUACCCGUUAACGGAAGUCUCAGUAAGUUUUAGAAAGGUGCUUUUUGUGUGAUUAAGGGCCACAUGCUUAUCUCGCAAUUACAGUUGUAUUUGGCCCUUUGAUUGAGAACAUACUGGUUGCUUUCUGUUAUAAAUUAGCUAAUUUGGUGGUCGGCCGUUAAGCUUGCCUUGGACACAGCCAAGCCUUUGUUAAAGACUUCUAAUAUGAUGUUAUCUGGAUCUGUGGAAGGAUUAUAAACCCUCGCAUGGCCAGUUUGAUCACUGCAUUAUCCUUUUAAUUCAUUAUCACAGUUACUUUACCAGGAAGGCAACGAAAGUCGUCUCCAGAAACGCGAAGACGGUUUCGUUGUAGAUAAUUCGGUUGGUCAGAUUUUCAAUUUUUAGCAGUCCUUGUUCACCCAUAUCUCGUUAUGCUUUGUAUUUUUUUCCUUCACCGAACGCAGAUGUUUGGGAUACUUUUCUGGACUCCUCCAAAACUACGCGCGUCCAAAUCCGCACACAUGUAUCACUUUUUAUCCGCAACAUAGCAAUCGCUUAGUUCUUCUUGCCUUUUUGGUAUCACUACUGAUCGCUUUGCAACUGCCCUUAGCUGACUGCACUUGACUGACUCCCAAGGCGCAAUGUAAUGUACAUGUCCCGUAGCAUGAGCACCUCCCCUAUAGUGUUAAAUACUCUCGGUCACAACCAACAGAACAGCAAGCCCGUGCCUUAUUGGUCUUCUUUUUUUCAGAAUGAUUUGUAUGCCCAUUCUGGCGAGAAAUCUGGAGUCAUUAUUUCUACGAAUUACGUCGCCACUGUGAAAAUUUUCAUCGAGCAUUGAACAUGCCCUGUAACAUGGGCAGAGGUUGCCUCCCCUCGCUCACAACCAAAAGGACAGCAAGCCCAUGUCUCAUUUUUCUUCUUUCGGAAUGAUUUGUAUGCUCGCUCUCUCCGGCUGACAAUCUGGGGUCAUUCACGACACAAAUUACUUUGCCAUCAUGAAAAUGUGUAACACAAUUUUACCGUUGAGUGCCAAAGGCUCACAGUAAUUUUACUUCGCUCCGUCAAAUGUUUAUGUUUUCCAUUAGACUGGUAAAUGUUUCUAACAUGGUGCUGAUGACGAUGCUGAAGCAGCUUAGCGACGAUCCUUACGAAAAGUUUUCGAAGUCAAUGACGCUUGAACAACUCGAUGAUCUCAUGCGUAACUUUAAAAGGAAAGUUUAUGUGAAUGAAUGGGCAGUGGGUAGGGUCUGUUCGUAUUUUGCAAUUAUCGGACGUUUUGUUAUAUUUUGGAGUGGUAUUUUUUCGCGCGGUCAAUGUUCAGCCGCCCUAAUUUUAUGAACUUACAUAGCAGAGGGUUCGUUAAGGACCCCCAUUCGGCAUUAUCUGAAUUUUUGAACGACGCAAUGACGAUGUGGUCAUUCAACUCCCCUGCUAAUUCAAUUUUGCUGCCGCUUUAUCAUAAUGUUUAUGAAAGUGGUCUUGUCAUGCGCAAGAAUUGGAUAUUCAUUUGGAUGAUUGUUUCAUUUUGAACAGGAAAUCGGAUUCGCAAACCUCUUGACCAACACAUCUCCUGGCCCCCCAAAUUACUUAGUGCCCAUAUAUCUUUAGGCUUGUUUUUAACACCAGUCGUCCAUAUUUUUGGACGUUUAUGCGGAUUUCUCCAUUAUUGCCUGGUUGUGAUUCUGCCUACAACUCUCAAAUUUUUCUGUACAACGUAGCAUUUGCAUAGUUUCAUUACCGGCCGCCUUGAGACUUCCUCGAGUCCACUUACCUAAGCUCCAAUGGGCAGUGGGUGGAGUGUGCCCCGUAACCUGCUCGGAGAGCAUCCUUUUCAGGCCACUGAAUAUUCUUGAUCGCAACAGAUAGGACCAUGAACCCGUGGCCAAAUAGUAGAGCACCGGACACAUAAAUUUUCUACAACUACAUAAUGUAUAUUCGGACCCAUAUCUGACAAACCAGAGAUCGGGUGUUUUUUACUGACCACGGAAACCAAUCAGCUGGAAAUGGCCAUUUUAUUCUCCCUCGCCUGUGCCGGUAUUCCUUUCUAUAUCAUUGCUAAACGCAAACGGUGAGCAUUAGUUAGUCGUUUGGUUUGCUGUCCGUUAGUUGUCUCUGUCCAAAUUUCAUUCACGCUGAUGUUUCCGACGAAUGAGGGCACACGGUAGCCCGCCCUUAUCGGUGUUGCGAAGACUAAAUUAGGAUUUACCUUCAAGUCUAUUUAAGUGAUUCCGGCCAAGACGCCUUUGUUUUCCUCUCUAUGUUUGAAAACUAGAAAAUCGGAAUCAGGAGACUUGGCUUCGGCUGGCUGGCCACUGACGGCCUACGGUGUCUCCAAACUCGGCCUCACGAAAGCAACUUUUAUCCUGGCUGAACAGCUAAAGGAUGAUACACGCAGGAUUCUCAUAAAUGCGGUGAGUAUUGUUUAUGGGAGGUGCCCUCCCCGGUAGGUUUAAUUUCAACGCAUACAUCUUAGAGCCAAGUAUUCUACUCCUGGCCAAUCUGACCCUGUCUUAGCAAGCUAGAUAUUAGCUUCUUUAUUCAUUAGAUUAUAUGCCAAACUUUCAUUUCAACGCGUGUCAUAGGUCCAAAAAUUCCGCCCUAUAAUAAGAACCUCGUCUUAUCGGCCUCAUUGAGGCGACACUUUUGAGUUUAGGACGCCAACAUUGAAAUGAACUUCAGGCAUGCCCACUCAUUACUAUUCUGCUUUAUCCUAGGCGGUAGGUUUGGACGCCUUUUUAUAGUCCUGGUUUUUCCUCACUGUACAACUUAGGACUUUAUGUGUUCCUGACCAAGGCUGUCCACUAACUUCUUCAGCUAUCCGCCUCGACUACUUUCUUCCGUGACUGAGCCACGUCAACUGUCAUCCGUCGUCUGGGGUAUCCUCAUUAUGUUGUUGCGACGGGCGGAGCUGUCCCUUCUGAGACGCAGUCAGCGUGUUUCACUCGAGGAAUCGUUGUUUGUCAACGGUCGUAGGAAACCCCCAAUCGUUAUUCGCCUUCUGUCCACACAUUACGGCACCCUAAAUCUUAAAGGAUAACUGACUGGGUGGCUGUCCAGUACGUGCCAGCAGUUGUGACGGUUGAGAUAACGGACAGGGUCAUGAGAACCUUUAAAGGCUUCCGAAACCUCCUGCGAGCAGCAUCGAUUCGGUCGGGGAUAUUCUCCUCCAUCCGUUUGCCAGGCAAAAAUUUGAUCUAAGCCGCCUUAAACUGUUCAGGUAAUUAGGCUAAAAAAACUUGAUCUCAAUCGGUGCCUGCUUCCGGUCGACGAUGAAACUGUGGAGUGUUUUGGUUUUUGCAGCUGAUUUAACGACCUCGUUCACCCGAAACACCACACUCUCUAUGUUAUCCUGUUCUGAUGCUGGUAGGGAGAUACCGCCGGAACAUUCGAGGUCAGCCGACCACCUAGUUUAAAAAAAAACUUACAUACUGCACGCGCGGUAGGCUUCCGUGAUAGAGGUCGUCAAACGCAUUGAGUUUCCACCUUCCAACCCCUUACUGCCCAGCUUUCAGCAGUAGGCUUCGUGUCUAACCAUUUUGAAUGCGGCAUUGCUGAUUUCGGGUUAAUUCCAGAGGCCAUUCUGGCAGUUGUAAAUAGGAGCACAAUGAACACACCAUGAAAUGCCGCUCAUAGACUGCUACUGCAUCAGUUUGCAACCACGGUGUUGAGAAACGGAUUUCUAUUCGAAGACUAAGUUUAGGGCGAAUGAGAAGGUUGUCUCCUGGCUUACCUUAAUUAGCCCUGUAGAAUGUGAACCUUCAUCGGCAAGUCCGGUGAUAGGUAAGCAAACUGCUUUCUUGGUAUGGCAGAGGGAAGUGAGAAAUGCUCAUGAUCACGGUACAUCAACGAGUUUACUCUGCCUGAGUCUGCAUGCUUAAAAAUUUCUUUUGCGAAAUCGUCUAAUUGCCCUUCUUCCUGAUUUUUUUGGCAUCCCUUGACCAAGUGUUGUCCUGGAUACGUCGACACCGACAUGACCAGUCACAAGGGUACGAAGACCAUUUUAGAGGGUACGUUUACCGUCUGUUAUUGUAAGUGUGAAUCUCUGCACAAGUUUAUCAGUUCGAAACUACAUUUUGGUUAUGCCACUCAGUCACUCAGCAGCAUGCCUUCCAUGAAAUAUAAUUGAACUUUUAGGGGCUCGAAAAUCAAUGAGAAAAAGGCAUGCUACUUAAGCAGUCAUUUUUUACAGUGUAGUUUUUACAUGCAGCCGGAAGGAAGUUCAUUCGAAAGCCGGCAUCCUGUGGUGAUUUAAAUAUUAUAGAAUUAUUUUACAGGCUGCCUAGAUUUAAAAUCCUGCUUAAUUAAUCUGUUCGAAACGAAAACGCAUUUCGGAAUAACGGUUGACAGUUCAUGAGUUAGCCCACCUUCUGCAUAUUUGGCCUUUAUCAGUAAACUAUUUUGUUCGCAGAUAAAAAAAUUUUCUAUGACCGCAUAUUUAGUACGGAAAGACAUUCGGUUGUCCACUCCCACACUGACACCGUGCAUACUGACAAAUACUUUCAAGGCAUGCGAUUUAGCAGUUGCUUGUUGCCUUAAGAUACGGGAUUAGGGCCUCGGUUUUCCGUCGCAAGAAAUACCGACAAGAAACGACUGCUAUCUAAUCCCCUGUCGUAUGUAAUCUACUAAAGUCUUUGAAAUGAGUGCCCCUAAAGCUGUCUGGAUAGUCAGUUAGCAUCAGCAGACGGUCCUGUCUUCGUAGCCGCCCAUAUGUCUUAUGCCUUUUUCCUGACGACAAAUUUGUUUUGGACUUCUGAGCAUGAGGCCUUGAGCAUAUGCAGGUCGUGCCUUCAUGGUGGUUCUUUUUUCGGAGUAAAGUAUGCCUUCGAUGGUGCGGUUUUGCCUCAAGUUAGACCUUUCGACCGGCAUACUGGACAGUUCAUCGGCUUUUCAAAUGUGGCCUGUGUUUCCAUAUGAGGUAUACGAUUCUAGACCGACACGCCAUCCGGUCGGACUUUGUUACAAGCAAGGCAGCUAGUGACGGCGGCUCCAAAAAAAUCGCCAAUCGCUCUGCGGGUACCAUGGUGAUAGCAAUAAACUUUGAUACGGAAGAACUUGUCUAUGCCGGUGACUCGGCCAGCAUAUUGUGGGAUCAACGAAGUUGAGGAAUCUCUCGGUACUUUCACAUCGAGAACCAAGCCAAAAGCGGCCAGUCAGAUGGCUGUAGAGUCACCAGGUCCAGUCCGACCGUUCUAGGCCCCGGCAACAAUCAGUAGAUCGCAACGAGGGAUUCUGUCAACUAACGCUUGCAGCCACGAAUAAGACGUCUCUUCAUCGUGCUGUUCGGAAGCUCAAGUUGCCGCGUACACAGAGACGAUAGAGAUGUUUGUGAAGUGACCCUUCAGUCACACGUAGGCCAUCCGGUCAAUGACUGUUCCCCAAGUAAGUAAAGCGAAGUCCGAUUGUCGUGAGGGAGCGAUCGUCACAUUGUGUCUACCAGAGGAGUUGUGUGGGCCGCUGUGGUAUAGGGUGGAGUGUGAGUCGACUCCAGGGGUCUUUAUUUCCCGGGAGUCUGAGUUAGGAUGUCUAACUUCAGACAAACAGCAGGCAUCCACGUUGUACUGAUUAAGGCUGUGCGCGGCCAGGCUUUUGGUACCAAGAUCCAGGCAAGUUCGCGAAUUCCCGCAUCCAAUAAAAAGAGUCCGUCCCUGAUUGCGUAAUUCAGCUCGCAUACUAAGUUGUCCUUAUCGAUGGCAUGCUCCAACCUAAGAUCAGCAAGGAGCCGGGGGAAUACCUUGUUUGUGAGUACGUGAAAGUGUGAAGAGUUAGUGCUAAUCAAGGCCGAUGAGUGCCUCUUCUCUGAAAGUUACAGCAUUGACGAAAAAACUGGAGUGUUGUCCAGUUUUCGAGCUAAAACACAAAACUGCGGAGUACUGGAGGUUUAAGAAUGGGUAGAUGCCCCAUAUCUGACGCUCUAUUAUAUGUCAGAUGACUUUCGGUGGCGAUCAUCCCGCAAGUAUAGCCACGUUUGGAAUGCAUCAUUAACGUUAGAAGAUACCAUACUAGCAGCACAGGUACUAACUAAAAGCUCAUACACUCGUGUUUCGCCAACAAUCUGCCGCUGCAUGCAGUGGUACUUUUAAGGGAAUUGAUAGGACGUUCUAGACUAAGCUUGGCAAUCUCAAAACUGUCUUUGACGAUAACUCCCAGAAACCUCGCUACACGCAAUACCUAUCAGCAGUAUACACUUGUUGCCUCCUUAUGACCAAGCAAUUCAUGGAAGAAAACGUCUUUUGUUCUUGACUGUUGUCAAAUACCAUGUAAUAUUCCCGUCUUAUGGCACACUCAUUCUUUACACAACCUAGUCAACAGCCCAUUGGUUUGUCAAAUAGGGCCUGGGGGUUUGAGUGAACCACAGUGUCCGCUGCCCAGACUUGCAGUUCCAGAGUUGUCUGCUGGGCAGCUGCUACCACGUUGUGUGCGCCAGAAAUCGCCUUUCGGCUCAUUUCCUGUUUUCUGCCCGUGUUCGUAGUGAGUGGAACUGCAAUCUCAAAGUUUCGCAUAUUGUUUGGCACUGUGUUUGGUACUAACGCAGCAUGGCCUAACAACUAGGCCAUCUGAAGCGGUGGUUGGUUAACCAACUGUCGGAUGGCUGUGCAACUUCACUAAGGCCUCAGUUGUGCCAUAAUCAAUUAAGGCCCCGACAUUUAACCACCACAGUCGGACACCGGUAACGUCGGUUCUGACCUCAGCUGUCAACCACCGUCCCUGCGUUCACGUGUGGUCCAGAGGGCCAAACGACGGGGUCAAGACAGAAACUGAAUCAGAAUAAGUGCGAACAACGCAUCCGAAGUGAGAACACCUAGCUCACGGCCACCCCUGGUGGUAUUGGCAUUAUGAAGAGUAGAAUUGGCGUAGGGGGUAGAAGUAUAAAGCGGAAGGGAAUUUCGAGUGGGUUAAUUGGGUCGCGCAAUUAUGGCCCCCUGUCAACGUGAUAAUGACUGCUUAAACUUUGAAAACGUUGUUUCUUUGAGGUAUAGCAAACUAAUCGGGUUUUAAAAGAUCGAAUCCAGCAGGGAGAUGAAUAUCAAGAGAAAGUAAAGGAAGGUUCGCAAGGCUAAUGCUCAAAACAACCGCACACCAGAAUACAAUGCCCAUUAGGUGGUGAAACCAAAUACUCGCACAAAUACAUCCAAAACUCGGAUAUAAACCCUACCAGAUAUGUAGAAUGUUUGUAACAGCCUUGACCUGACUGAAAUAUCCAGAGCAGGAGGACUGGGCUUGCGGGCACACUCCCAGCUGCCUGUGGCGAACUCGGCGACUCCUGUACCAACAUUGUCUAUUACAAUUCUGUAGUCCAUGUGGAAGAAGGAGAACGAUGACGGUGUUGUGGAUCGCCAAGUAUGGUGAACACCAAGUCAUCAUUAGAAGGGCUUUGUUAAUUACACUCCCGUUUAGGAGUAUCGGCGAAUGAUAAAAAGCCGCCCUUCAUCGCACAGCCCUCCCUCCCGCAAACUUACUUUUAAGCUAGCAUUGCGGAACCGAAGACACUGCUGGGCGACUUCACACCGACAGAUAUAUCCUCCAUCAAGAAAGGCGAAAUUCACGAAGGAGUGUACAACAGCUCACCUCGAUUACCAUGUUACCCCCCAGAGAAAGUCCAGGACUAAGUGCUGCAGUCUGCCGUUAACAUGCAUUCCAGUAUAAUCAGCCACGUUGCUCUAAUACGGGAAGGCGUAGUCUCUGCACGACGCUGACACUUAAGAUCGAAGUAUUUGAUCGCUGAGUCCUCCGUUGGAUAUUUCGUCUGAUGAACCAUGCCUCGAAUUUGGAUCUUAUUUUGGCAACAUCUAUUGAUGGCACCAUGAAGUGGAGGUCCCUAGUUUUAGCAUAUUCGGACACGCCCGACCUGAAGGGCAGGGAGCGUCUGCGACUUAAGUUUUCCGAACGCCUGUCCUACUUGUUGUUGCCGCCAUUGUGAUUGGCUAAAGCAACCCAUGCUUCCCUAAAUACCUUCCGCAAAGAAGUGGCUCUUACGAUGUUGAGAGGAGCAACUUCUGCUUUAAACUUUAAAAUUGACCAAGUAUUUCUAACGGUAGCUGGAAAGCCGCUCUCGGUAUCAACACGCUUGAUUACCAGACCCUCCACACUUUUUGUCGUAUUAAAGACAAAUAAAGCGUGUAGUUAGUAGAUUAGGAACGUUUCCGGUCUUCUCAACUCUGUCUUGACACCGCGUCCAGGUGGGGAGUGGGGAAGAGAGGGUGCGCUAGACGCUUCGAAAGUCUGCAUUCACUGCAAACUAAUUCACGUGCAGGUCACCAGGUCUGCUUCAGUAUGACAAACGGUGGUCAUCCUAGGCAACGACGGUCGAGCUGUCGGUGUGUGUGUACGUUUAACCCAUAAAAUUGGCCAGGCGGUAUAUCUGUUGGGUCAAAACGAGGGCCAGACAGGGAUUCUACAUGCGUAGUUGGCGGCUCACCCAUAAGCAAAUGCUAACAUUGUGGGUGUGGUGGCGCGACUAGGUGCAGACACACGGCGAGCCAAUUGGGAUCCAAGUCACCCCCCUUCCCUUUGUUGUUUCACAAACUCCUGGUCAGUUUACGUUGUGGAGCAGCGAGUGUAUUCGUACGCCUAGGUGCAGGUUUUCGCCGUGCCAGCCACCUGCGUCCUGUCCCGUCUCCAGUUUUCUCGAGUCCGCAUGACAUCAGGUCCAGGUGGGUGGGGGAGGAGAGAGUGCAGGAAAUGCAGCGCAAACCAGCUAUCACUAUAAAGGUCAUGGGCAACCCUCCGCCCCCGCUCUCAGUCUGCUGUAGAGCGCUUGGUGGACAUCCUCAGUAACGACAGUCAGACCGUCGUGGCUCCAGCCCGUCACAAUACCUGUUGUUCAGACCAUCAGUGCCAGAGCCGCUUGAUCGGAAACCACUACAACUUUGCGCGUAUUGUCUCUGCAUUUCCCAAUUAGUUUCUAUUUUUCCAUCCACGGCCUCCUCGAUCGAUCGAACUGAAGAGUUUCCAAGUGUGGCCUAUUAUUUGGCGUUGUGUCAAGCGCUGAUGCAUUAUCGGUUAGUAACUAAGCCGUCCGAUGUGGUGGUUGAUUGACUAACCGCUAGGUGACCGUUUCAUCCGGGUAUCAGCUGUGCCAAAAGCUUUUUGGUGUCUGACAGUAACCCUCAUAAUCUGCUCUCGGUGGCUUCAGGUUCGGUCGCUGUUGCUCGGUUUCGCGCUCAAGUGGGCUCAGCUGUCAGACGCCCUCUCGCUGCAUCGAUCUGCCUCUGGCAUCGCUUUUGAGCCAGAAGGCCAGACGAGGUGUGGACGACACAUUCGGGACGAGAUUGGCUAGUUACGGCACGCACGGUUUUUCGCAUGAUCGAAAUUGUGAUCACAGAAUGGAUACCAUGAAGAACUGGAUGGGUGCAAACGUUAGAAUUUUCAUGUAGGAUGCUUCGAGAGGGGACACAUUUGACCCCCUGCCAGUGUGGCAGUGUCUACGUGAAACAUUUUAUGGUGAUUGAUUAGCAAAAGGUGCUUUCGAGCACUGAAAUAAAUCUUGAUGGAAAGCGGAGUAAAACUGACAGUCAUAGGCCGACCAGUCCAAAAUCGCCACAAAAAAUGAGAGAUGUCCACUCUAUUGUGGAGCGAAUUCCUCGCACAAAGGAAUCGCAAAUGCGGGUUACGAUAUCACCAGCAGAUGCGCGUAAUCAUGGCAUUGCCAAGAACGGCACCAUUGAGAGCAUAUAACCUUUGCGGUUUGUACUUAGCAGCUAUAACAUGCAAAAAUGUCCAAGGCGGGAGAGUGGGAGCCCACAAGCAUUCUGCCAGCUCUCGCUGGCAACGAUGGCGACUCCUCCGCCUCAACUGGCUGUUGCAACUUUGCUGUUAAUAUCAAAGGACGGAAAGGACGCUGGCGUUAUUAACGGUGAGCGUUUGAAGCAGACCAGCUAUGCUGAACACUAAUCGACUCAAUCUAGUUAUGUUCUGCUGAUAACAACGAAACAUCGGAGUUAUAUGUUCUCGGAAAUAUGCCGACAGUUCACUGGAAGAAAUUCCGAACGGGAAAAAAGUUUGCUUUAGGGGCACUUGAGCAAAACUCAGCAUCCAUGUAUUUGCCUCCGUGUCCGGAAGCGGCAAAUCGAUCUGCAAAUUCAGGGCAUGCUCAUAUGUAACGCAGUGGCAAUCGGUUACAGCUGCGCAUUGUACGCGCAUCCAUCAAUAAAUCUGCUGCGCAGUUGACGUUUUUCCUUAGAUUCUUCGAUAAAUCGUUAAAAGCAGCUGUGCGCCGGCAUCCGCAAGUACGGUACAUGACAAAGUAAUUAAAAAUCCUCCCACAGAUGUCCUCUUUGUGAUCUAGCGCACGCUUAGAUACAUGAGCUGGUGGAUAGCAGAUUGUCACCCAGAUACAACGAUCUUGACGGAUAUUCGCCAGGGGGGUUACUAAUGGCCUAACCCAAUUUUCCCAUUUUCUCAAAUAUUCGCAGAUGGAUGUGAUAACAGCGAUCUACUCAUCUUCAAGUUGCUCUCUCGCUUUGAUUUCUUUGCCGCAUAUUUCUGUCAACCAGUGUUACCUUAACGCAGCCCUCCAUUUUCAGGUGCAGAGACUCCCGCUUACUUGGCCACCCUGCCGGAGGGUGCGACAGAACCUUACGGCCAAAUGAUCAGCGAUUGCAAGCCCGUGCCAUGGUCAAAGUAG